UAAAAUGCUAUCCCGUUAGAAUACCCCGUCAACGGGUUGUGCCAAAGCUGUGCUCACCGUGCCUCGCUUCCUCUCCACAAUACGAACACGGACGAAAAGAACACCAUGUUAUCCAGAUUUAAAGACGCUACAUUUCAGCAGUGAAAAGAGGAGGGCGAGACGGAGGAGAGUGAAUUAACAAAAUAGGCUAGAAAGGGACACAGAGAAGAGAGAAUCCCACCGACCAUCUGCGUGAGGCGAGAGAGAGGAGAAGGAGGCCAACCCGAGAGCAGCAGCCGACUGCGCUGUGGAAUAACCUACGGUUUCCGUUGAUUUGAAACCAGAAUUUUGAAAUUUAUUUAUUAUUCUGCGAGACAUUUUACUAAAUUCCCACAAAAUGUCAUCUUCUGGCAAAGACAACAGCGCACACUAUAUGAACUAUGUGGGACCUUAUCGUUUGGAAAAGACCCUCGGCAAAGGACAGACAGGCCUGGUGAAGCUGGGAAUCCACUGUGUCACGUGUCAGAAAGUGGCCAUCAAGAUCGUCAACAGAGAGAAACUCAGCGAGUCUGUCCUCAUGAAGGUGGAGCGAGAGAUAGCCAUUCUGAAGCUCAUAGAGCACCCUCACGUUUUAAAGUUGCACGACGUCUACGAAAACAAGAAAUAUUUGUAUCUGGUGCUAGAGCACGUGUCAGGGGGAGAGCUGUUUGACUACCUGGUCAAGAAGGGACGGUUAACGCCCAAGGAGGCCAGGAAGUUCUUCAGACAGAUAAUCUCAGCUCUGGACUUCUGCCACAGUCACUCCAUAUGUCACAGAGAUCUGAAGCCAGAAAACCUGUUGUUAGAUGAAAAGAACAACAUUAGGAUAGCAGACUUUGGCAUGGCGUCUCUGCAGGUCGGGGAUAGUCUGCUGGAGACCAGCUGCGGAUCUCCUCACUAUGCCUGCCCAGAGGUCAUAAGGGGAGAGAAGUACGACGGGAGGAAAGCAGACGUGUGGAGCUGCGGGGUCAUCCUCUUUGCACUUUUAGUGGGCGCCCUUCCAUUUGACGAUGACAACCUGAGAAACCUGCUGGAGAAGGUGAAGUUGGGAGUGUUCCAUAUGCCUCACUUCAUCCCCCCAGACUGUCAGAACCUCCUUCGGGGCAUGAUCGAGGUGGAUGCCACUAAGAGACUCACGUUAGAGCAGAUCCAGAAGCACAACUGGUACAUAGCUGGGAAGAACGAGCCAGAGCCGGAGCAGCCUGUCCCCAGGAAGGUGGCCAUCAGAACCCUGAGCACUGAGGAGAUAGAUCCGGACGUCCUGGAGAGCAUGCACUCUCUGGGUUGCUUCAGAGACAAGGGCAAACUCACCAAAGACCUGCUUUCUGACGAUGAUAACCAGGAGAAGAUGAUCUACUUCCUGCUGCUGGACCGGAAGGAGAGGUACCCCAGUCAGGAGGACCAGAACCUCCCCCCACGCAGUGAGAUAGCUGACCCGCCCAGGAAGCGUGUGGACUCCCCCAUGUUGAACCGCCAUGGGAAGAGGAGGCCGGAGAGGAAGUCUAUGGAAGUGCUGAGUGUCACAGAGGGGGGCUCUCCUGUACCCGUACGACGAGCCAUCGACAUGGCCACACAUGGACAGAGUAAGUCUGUUUUCAGUAAAAGCUUGGAUAUCACAAACGCUAACCUCACCAAAGAAGAAAGGUCACGGUCUAUCAGCGGAGCGUCCUCCGGUCUCUCCACUAGUCCUCUCAGCAGUCCCAGGCCGGUCCGGCGCUUCUUUAUCCCGCCCCAGUCGCCGGACCUCUGUCAGUCGCCCAACUGUAGCCCCACCCAUUCCCCAGAGUCCCGCCUUAACCAUAACGGGGUAGGGGGGGCCAACCGCGUGCACCCACACCCGCUCCCCAACUCCUACACGCCAAAGAUGGGGUCCCCCCUGAUGCACCCCCGCACACAGACCCUCCCCGCCAAGCCCAAAGUGUCUGAGAAGCCCCUUCAGACCACCAGGUCCAACCCCCUUCCCAACUCAGCUGACAGCCCAACCACCCCCAAGUCAGAGCCCACCUCCCCCUCCUCACCCCUGGGCAGCCCCCCCUGUGUCCCCAACAGCCCGCGGCCACGCCGCCACCCACCCCUCACCGUGCCCCCCAAGCUCUCAAUCCCCCUAUCUCAAGUGCCACCCAUGUCCCCCCUAUGCCGGCACCGCCUCCACCCUGACCACAACGGUCACAAAUCUGUCCCCACCAUACAGGUGACCCCCCACCCCUCUCCGCGGGGGAGCCCCCUCCCCACCCCCAAGGGCACUCCGGUGCACACACCCAAGGAGAGCCCGGUGGGCACCCCCAGCCCCACGCCACCCCCCAGCCCCUCCAUCGGCGGGCUGCCCUGGAGGACGCGUCUCAACUCCAUCAAGAACAGCUUCCUGGGCUCGCCGCGCUUCCAUCGCAGGAAAAUGCAAGUUCCCACACAGGAGGACAUGUCCAGCCUGACGCCAGACUCUUCACCAGAGCUUGCCAAGAAGUCAUGGUUUGGUAACUUCAUCAACCUGGAGAAAGAGGAGCAGAUCUUUGUGGUGAUCAGAGACAAGCCUCUCAGCUCCAUCAAAGCAGACAUCGUUCAUGCCUUCCUCUCUAUCCCCAGUCUGAGCCACAGUGUGAUCAGUCAGACUAGUUUCCGGGCGGAGUAUAAGUCUACAGCCGGUCCUACAGUGUUUCAGAAGCCAGUCAAGUUCCAGGUGGACAUCACCUACACAGAGAGCACCGCCGCCACCAAAGAGAACGGCAUCUAUUCGGUCACCUUCACCCUGCUGUCAGGUCCCAGCCGGCGUUUCAAGCGUGUGGUUGAGACCAUUCAGGCUCAAUUGAUGAGCUCACAUGACCAGCCCGGGGUCCAGCAGAUCUCUGAUGUCUCUCAGCGGUCAGACACUCUGACCAGCAAACCCUCCAAGCGUGGCAGCCCGUUGAGUAACUUCUUUGACGUAAUUAAACAGCUUUUUUCAGACGAGAAGAACAGCCAGGCGUCGCACAACCCCACUGGCACGCCCGGCACACCUAACCCCGCCCCCGCCAAGCAUGCCCCCGGCAGCAGGCGAAAUGAGCCAUGUCCCCCGCCCACUCAGCCCCAGCCCACCCAGCCCACUGACUCUAAAUGCCCCCCGCCUCCGGGCAAAGACAAACAAACAAAGAUGGCCGCCACCAGCCGGACUGGGGAACAACCUUAAGACCAGAGAGAAGUAGCUAGCUCUCGGUUGCAUGACUAGAUAAUAACCACCUGUUAUCAGGUCAUUCAAAACCCAAUACAAACACACAAGAGUGUGUGAGAGAUGAGAAAUGAAAUGAGAGAUGCUGCUGGUUUCUUUGCUUUAGUCAGUAGGCUUAGUGUGUGUGUCUUGAGAAAAUCUACUUUUGAUUAUCGCUGAGAUAAACUUUUGUACUGUAUAAUAAUGGAAUGACUACUAUUUGAGUUUAGCAAUCGAUCAUUGAUCAGUAUUUGACAAUAAUAAGUUCCACAUGUAGCCAUGUUUCUUUUCUGUUCCUCUACCCUCUCGUCCCUUUCC